AUGGUAGACGAGGCAUUUCUGGAGAAGUUUGUAUCCAAGUAUGAGCAACAUGUUCCCGGACUGAUGAAGGUAUUCAAAGGUCAGUUGAAUUGCCAUCAGCUACUUCAGAACUGACGGGAUGAAUGUGCAGUACCGGCUGCUCAUAUUCGUAUAGGUGAUUUGGAGUUGUUUAGGAAUGUUCUGGUUGGACGGAUGCUGAAAUUCACAUUUCUAAAUUAAUCAGUAAAUUUCCGGCCAUCCUCUCAUCUGACCCUCAUAAAACCCUCAAGCCCAAAUUUGAUUUUCUCAAUUCUAAAGGGCUUUCUGGACUUCAACUUGUCAACUUCAUCUCAGUUUACCCAACGAUCCUCAUGUACAGUUUUGAUAAAGUAAUAAUCCCUUCCUUUGAUAUCCUUAAGUCCAUAGUUCAUUCUGACAAAAACGUCAUUACAAUAAUGAAGCGAAAUCAUUGGACUCUCAGUACAAACACAGUUAAUAAGUUGAUGGUCAACCUAGAUCUUUUGAGAACUGAAGGUGUUCCUGAAACUAAUUUUCCUAAGUAUCUAAUCAGCAAACCAAGAGCAUUUGCGCUAGAUGCCAAUAGUUUUAAAGAGAUUGUAGACAAGGUUAAAGAUACGGGUUUUGAUCCUUCCAAAACUACAUUUCUUAUAGCUAUACAUGCAUUUUCAUCAAUGAGCGAAGCCAGUUGGAGAGAAAAAAUGGAUGUUUACAAGAGAUGGGGUUGGUCUGAAGAUCAAAUUCAAACAGCAUUUAGGAAUAAUCCUCAUUGUAUGAAGGCCUCCGAGAAGAAGAUUAUGGCGGUUAUGAAUUUCUUUGUGAAUGAAAUGGGACACCAGUCAUUGAGUAUUGCCCAACACCCAAGAGUAUUUACUUGUAGUUUGAAGGAGAGGAUUAUCCCAAGGUGUUCUGUUAUCAGGAUUUUAGUCUCCAGAGGUCUGAUCAAGGAGAAAAUUUCUAUGAGCACAAUUUCGACAAUGGUAGACAAGUCUUUUGUGGAGAAAUUUGUAAUAAAGUAUGAGCAACAAGUUCCUGAACUGAUGAAGGUAUUCCAAGGUCAGUUGCAUUACGUAGAUUAUCUGAUUUCCUAUAUUUACAGUGUAUGUAGUCCCUUUUUGUUUAUGCAUGUUUUGUUAUCUACAAAGUAUUCCUAUAUUUGGAUAUGGUUACCCACAAGGUUCUUCUUCAUGGUCCUGUUAAAGAUGGUCUUUAUCACUUGGAGUUCACUGCUGAUACUACUACUUCCAACUGGCACUACAAACUUGGUCAUCCAGCCUAUAAUACCUUGAAGCAUGUAUUAGCAUCUGUAGACAAUGUCAUUCAUGACCAUUUAUCCACUACUGUCUGUCAUGAUUGUCAAGUAGCUAAGAGUCAUAGUUUACCAUUUCCGUCUAGAACACAUAGUGAUGUAUUUGGUCCUUUGUAACUCAUUCAUUUUAAUUACAAAAUUUGUUGCACCUCUUACUAGGA